CAGCUCACCUUCUUCCUCAAGUCCCCUUCUUUUUUCAGAAUCGGAGGGGCUGACAUACAGUGGCGAAGCUCAGCAUAGGUGCCCCUAAGGGACUCUCCGGCCAGCCGGGAGCUGUCAGACCCCCCGAGCCCCUUAAGGGUUCCGCCCUGGCUGGGAAGACAAAGUUGACUGAACAAAUAUGGCAUUGCAGGACUGGAAGUUAUCAAAUACUAGAAAACUUGGUUUUUGUGGCAAGAGCAUUGACUUUGAAGCUAUCAGAGCAAACCUUCUGGCCUUACAACUGUGUGAAAUUUUUGUAAUAUUGCUACUUGAUGAAGAUGAGAUGCCUGAGGUCAAAGAUGAAACACUUUCUGAUGAAGAAGGCAUGGCCAGGCCAUGGAUUGUCAAAGCUUUGGAAGGUUUCAAGCUUUCAGUGUAUGGUGAAAACUAUGAAGAAAAUGAUGUAGCAACCAGUGGGAAAGUGUUUGAGGCUUCUCGAAAACGGAAGGCAACUGCUGAGAAUGCAAGCAGGGAGUCCGCAAAGUAUGAUUGGUCUGAACUUGCAGACAGUGGGAAGUUGAAGGAUUUGACUGUGGCCGAGCUGAAAUACUACUUGAAUGCAAACAACCUUCCGGUUACCGGGACAAAAGCAGCUUUUUUUUUUUAGAGAGAUAAAGUGAAAUUUAUUUAAUUUGCUGGGAAUGCGCCCAACACGCAAUGAGUUACAAAUUCGGGAGUGGUAUCUCAAUAUUUUUCAAAGUCUUUUUUCGACUUUAUAAAUUGUGCUAAACAAUGAGGAAUAAAAUUGAAUUUCGGAUUUAUCCAAUUGCAUUUAAAUUGGACAUGACCUUGGAAACGGGCUUUGAUAUUUUCAAUUAUUAGACCACAGUCUGAGAGAUCGGUCUUUUCGGAUUGUAGUCACUUUAUAAUGGAUGACGAAUCUCCAGCAAGAGUGAGUAAAAUUAUUGUUUGGAUGUAAAAUUUAGUAUCUUGAUGCCUCUGUUUUUCG